AUGAAUUAUGCACGAGAAUGGCAUACAGCAUCCGUAUUAACAAAUGGAAAAGUAUUAGUUACUGGUGGAUUGGGCGAAGGUGGUAUUACUCGUCUAAAUAGUGCUGAGGUGUAUGAUCCGUCAACCGGCAGUUGGACAGUUAUUAGUGGGAUGAACUAUGCGCGAAGUAUGCACACAGCAUCGGUAUUAACAAAUGACAAAGUACUAGUUGUUGGUGGAUUGAGUGACAGUGGUCGUCUGACUAGUGCUGAGUUGUAUGAUCCAUCAACUGGAAUUUGGACAAUUACUGGUCAUAUGAAGUAUGGACGACAGUGGCACACACAAUGCGUAUUAAGAAAUGGAAAAGUAUUAGCUAUCGGUGGAAUGGAUGACACUGGUCGUCUAAAGAGUACUGAGUUGUAUGAUCCAUCAACCGAAACUUGGACAACUACUGGUAGCCUGAAACAUCCACGAAAUGGACACACAGUAUCCGUAUUAAUGAACGGGAAAGUGUUGAUCACUGGUGGACUGAGUGAUGAUGGUGGUCUCAAUACUGCUGAGUUGUAUGAUCCAUCAAUAGAAAUUUGGACAACUACCGUUACUGGUGGGUUCGGUAAGGAUGGUCGUCUAAAUAGUAGUGAAUUGUAUGAUCCAUCAACUGAAACUUGGACAAUUACUAGUAACAUGAAUUAUUCUCGAGAUUACCACACAGCAUCCAUAUUAACAAAUGGAAAAGUGUUAAUUACUGGCGGAGAGGAUUUGUGGGGUCCUUUAGGUACUGCUGAACUGUAUGAUCCAUCAACAGGCACUUGGGCAACUACUGGUAACAUGACUUUUGUUCGGCAAUGUCAUACAGCAUCUACAUUAAAAAAUGAAAAAGUUUUAAUUACUGGUGGAGAUAAUUAUGAGGUUUUGAACAGUGCAGAACUAUAUUAA